UCCCAGUUCAUCCUUGGCAUACAAUAUCCCCGGCCGAAACUUCUCAUGUCUGCCACUGCCAGUCGCACUGAGCCAGGUGAUGACAAUGGCAGCAAUGGCAGUGCAGAAUGUGACAAUGUCAGUGCAAAUUUCAGUCAGAACUGCAGCACGGACGCUGAUCAAAAUUUAACAGGGAAUGCUGAUGGCGGUUGGCUAAACGACAGCAAUUUGACAGCUGGAGGUGCCUUCUCCUUGACAUACAGGGUCAGCACAACAGUGCCUAUGGGGCCUGGAAGCACGUCGUCGUUUUCAGGAAGAGAGCAAUUGUCGAUGCAGAGCGAGGUGAGGAUUUUUGCAAAAUGCGUUGUGCACCAUCCUUGUGGAUCUGAGGAAUACUUUUUCACGAAAGGGUUCAUGAUCUUGUCCUUCCUGCUCGUGGCAGUCUUCAGCUAUAGCUGUUGGAGGCAGCGAAGCGCUCGCGCGGCAUUGGUGCCGGGGGACAUGCAGCUGUCAAGUCUUUCUGAAUGGAUCGGGGGUGAAGAUGAUGAUGACAUUCCGAUUGCUGGGCCACUUUCAAGACGCGCGAGACUUCCACUGUCAAUUUCCCAGCCUGGAAAUGCGGACUACUAUGACAUGUCCACUCCUCGACUGGAGGGACGACAUCCUGGGCGCUGACCGUGCGGGCACGAAUGCUUGAGGCGGUUCAG